AUGGGUUUAACCUACACCGCUGAUCUGGCACGCUGCGCCUACACUACGUUCUUGGCUGGUGACGGAGACUACGUGAAAGGGGUUGUGGGUCUGGCUAAAGGGCUGAGAAAGGUGAAAGCACUUUACCCACUGGUGGUGGCUGUCCUUACUGACGUGCCGGAGGAGCACCGUCGGCAGCUGGUGGCUCAAGGCUGUAUUGUCCGUGAGAUUGAGCCUGUAAACCCGCCUGAAGACCAGUCUAAGUUGGCUUGGGCCUAUUAUGCAAUAAACUACUCCAAGCUUCGGAUAUGGAAAUUUGUGGAGUAUAGCAAGUUGAUAUACCUGGAUGGAGAUAUACAAGUGUAUGACAACAUAGACCACCUCUUCGACUUGCAAGAUGGCUCUUUCUAUGCAGUGGUGGACUGCGUCUGCCAAAUUGCCUGUCACCAGCAUUGUCCUGAGAAUGUCAAGUGGCCGGACGCGUUGGGCCCUAAGCCCGCCUUUUACUUCAACGCUGGCAUGUUUGUCUAUGAGCCAUGUCUCUCCACUUACGAUGAUCUAUUGAACACCCUCAGUGUUACUCCUGUAACCGCUUUUGCUGAGCAGGACUUUCUGAAUAUGUUCUUCAAAGAUAUAUAUAAGCCUCUACCUCCAAUUUACAACAUGAUGGUGGCCAUGCUGUGGCGCCACCCAGAGACCAUUGAGCUUAACAAGGCCAAAGUUGUUCACUACUGUGCUGCUGGUUCAAAGCCAUGGAAGUACACCGGCAAAGAAGAGAACAUGCAAAGGGAAGACAUCAGGAUGCUAGUGCACAGGUGGUGGGAAAUAUACAAUGACGAGGUUGAAGAAGCUGAUGGUGUCAAUAAACUUAGGGUUGCAUUCCUGUAG